GUUUAAUAUAACUUCCACAACAUAUCAUGGUACUGAAUGGUGGUUACGUGUAAUUGGAAUUCGUCUAGCGGUUGUUUUAGUGGCGUUCGUCUUAACAUCACCUGUUUACAUACUUGCUAUUAUAAAUUUGACUGGAUUAUUCGAUUGGUUGGGUAGAAUUUCGCGUCCGUUUAUUUUUCGAUGGUUUCCAGCAGCAAUUUUAGCCGGUGUAUCAGUACUACUGACACGUUUAGUAAUUAUCAGUGAAUAUUGGACAAGACAUAAAACACGUGGCGGUUUAGAAAGUGUUAUUUAUCGUAAUGCUUAUUGGUUCUUACUUUUCACUGUAUUGUUAUUACCGUCUCUUGGUAUAACAGGUUUCCCAGCUCUAUUUCAUCAGCUUAUCACCACUGAAGUGAAUCCUACCAAUCCAUUUGCUUUUUAUGUACCAUUUCAAAUUGAAUGUAUAUUUUUACCAGAUAGUGGUGCAUUAUUUAUCAAUUAUGUCAUAACAUGUGCCCUGCUUGGCACAGGUUUACAAAUUCUACGUUUGGGGCAUAUUUUUCGAAAUUUCUUUAGACGAUAUUGUUCUGCUCAUACUAUGGCAGAAAGAAAAGUUUUCUCUGAACCUCAACCGGAAGCAUUUGCAUUUUGGAGAAACUAUGCAUUUCUGUCAGUUGUUCAUACAGUGAUUAUUGCUUAUACACCAGUGUGUCCAAUCAUCUAUGUAUUUGGUUUGCUAUACUUUCUAUUUAGAUAUUUGGUUGAUAAAUAUAUGCUUGUAUGGAUUUAUAGUCCAUUACAAUCAGAUAUCAGUGGAUGGACUGAAAUAGACAGAAAAAAUUAUCAAUAUAUUUAUCAUUUAAAAUGGUUUCUUCAAGCAACUCGAUUUAGUUUAGCCGGAGUUUGUAUAGCAUGUAUCAAUGUGUUUGCUUUCUAUUCGUUACGAUGGUCUUCUGCAGAAUUACGUCCAUUGAUCAUUGCCUAUUUUGUUUUGACUGUAACUACAGCAGUAAUAUCUGUGAUACUUUCUACUUUUGUCAAAUAUUAUUUAUCAUCUCUUAUAUGCCCUAGUUCUGUAUGCAGGAAGGAUUCCAGUCAUUAUCGUAAAUUACUUGAAG